AUGGAGAGCAUGGUGACAAUUGCGAUUGCUACAACUGCGGUGGGAUAUGUCACAUGGCUUGGAAUUGUAACCAAGGAAGAAGUGAAUGUGGAGGCAUGUAUGGCAGUGAUGAUGGUAGCCGCAAAUCUAUUAGGAAUAGUUUCACAAAAUACUAAAACAAAAUAUCAUGGUUAUGUUGUUAAUAUAUCUUAUUAUUUCACUCAAAAAUUAGACCAUUUUAAUUAUAACCCCGAAAGUUAUAUCACUUUUAAACAAAGAUAUGUGAUAGAUUUUAAGAAUUGGGAUGGUUCUAAAUCGGGAGCACCAAUUUUUGUAUGGUUUAAUGCCGAAUCUUCUUUAGAAGAUGGAAUCGUCGCGGCUGGAUUUCUCAAAGACAACGCUCUUCGUUUCGGUGCUCUUCUUGUAUAUAUUGAGCAUAGAUAUUAUGGAAAAUCAUUUCCAUUUGCCUCAUACGAAGAAGCUUUGAAAAAUGCAAGCACUAUGGGAUAUUUAAAUUCAGCGCAAGCAUUAGCAGAUUAUGCUGCUAUCCUUCUACACGUCAAAAAGGUUUUUAAUGCUCAUGAUUGUCCAAUCAUUGUUUAUGGAGGCUCCUACGGUGGAAUGCUUGCAGCGUGGUUUCGGCUAAAGUAUCCCCAUAUUGCAUAUGGUGCUUUAGCUUCAUCCGCCCCGAUUCUCUAUUUUGACGGUGUUGCCCCAAAACAUGGAUAUUAUUAUAUUGUAUCCAAAGAUUUUAGGAAAAUAAGUAAGAGCUGUUAUUAUACCAUUCAAAAAUCUUGGCACGAGAUUGAUGAAAUAGCCAAAAAAACUCAUGGCCUCUCAAUUCUAAGCAAAAGGUUUAAGAUUUGCAAGAAAUUGAAAAAUGUUGAAGUUCUAAAAGAUCAUUUAAAGAAUAUAUAUUCUGUCGGAGCUCAAUAUAAUCAACCAUCAGUUGAGAGCAUAUGUCACGCCAUUAACAAUGCAGCCAACAAAACCGAUAAAAUUGGUCAAAUAUUUGAAGCUUUUACACUUUUUAAUCAACUAUCAAAUUUUUCUUGCUAUGACAUAGAAGGAAGUGAUAAUGCAAUUGACCAAUCUCAAGAUGGCAAGGCAUGGAAUUGGCAGACUUGUAGCGAAAUCAUUAAUCCAAUUGGUACUGAGAAAGAUGCUUCAAUGUUUCAACCAAGACCUUUUAAUAUGAAAAAUUAUCUCAAUUUAUGCAAGCAUCAAUAUGGCAUCAUUCCAGUGCCUCAUUGGAUAACAACCUAUUAUGGUGGCCAGGAUAUAAAAUUGGUCUUCAAAAGAUUUGCUAGUAAUAUAAUUUUUUCCAAUGGAUUAAAAGAUCCAUAUAGCUCAGGCGGAGUAUUGGAGAGUUUAUCAACCAGCAUGAUUGCUAUUACCACAGUCAAUGGUAGUCACUGCUUGGACAUCCUUCCAGCACAACAUAGUGAUCCUAAGUGGUUGAUCCAUCAAAGACACGUUGAAAUAAAUAUCAUUGCAAGCUGGAUUGCAGAAUACCAAGCUGAU